AUGUUAUUUGCAAAUAAAACUACAGAAUUUCAAGGAGCGGCAACAUCAUGGGAGUUUUGGAAUAGUUGGUUCCUACAACCUAUUUUUGGAAAGCACGGUGACUACUCGCAUACUAUGAAGCAUCGGAUACACGAACUCAGUCGCAAACAGGGAUUUUCACACUCGCAAUUGCCGCAUUUUACAAAGAAUCAAAUUAGUACGAUUCAAAAUUCAGCAGAUUUUUUGGGAAUUAGUUUUGAUCAUUCAGUGACUAUUAAACAAUUGCCUCACCAUCUCAAUAAAAGUGUUUCUUUUAUGGAGGAUACAGGAAUGACAUCAAUUUUUUCAGCAACGCCUAAGGCUAGACGUACGCCUGCAGACAUGGCAAGAGCGAUAAAACACGUGUUAAAAGUGUACAAAAGUAUUCUGUUCAUCAUUAUCACCAAAAUUGGUUACGAAGAUAAUGGAGAGCUACACGAUAAACACCGAGCGAUUUUUUAUCACCACACUCUUUAUCACGUACUAAAACUCAUUUCUGAGGGAGUUAAUAUCCGCGGAUAUUUUGCCUGGUCGCUUACUGACAGUUUUGAAUGGACCAGAGGCUACUGCAAAAGAUACGGAAUUUUUUCUAUCAACUUUACAGAUCCUGAAUUGACUAGAAUUCCAAAAUUAUCUUCGAAACUAAUAACUGAAAUUUAUAAAAAUAAAUCCGUCGAACAUUCUUUUUCUCUU